UGUUAACAGAAUGCACUAUGCUCAAAUACCGUAAUGGCGUAACAACUAAUGGUCAAUGGACAUAAAUACAAACGCUAUUUCCUAUUUGUAUAAUGUCGCUAAUCGCUUUUUCGGUUAUUAAUUUUUGUGUGCUUUAGUACUUAGUAGCGCUUGUGUCUUCCGUUGAAAUUUGUGAAAUACGCGUGAACUGUUUUUCCGUAUUAUAAAUUUAAACGUUUUUUUUGUUAGUGUUGUGUAUUAUAAUUAAAUACGUUUUGAAUUAAAUAGAUUAAUUGCAUUCCAGUAUCUAUUAUUUUUAGUAUUUUAAGGGUCAGCAGCAUAUUACUUCAAAUUUACUUACCGCAGAUAUCAAUAACAUCAUGGCUAAAGUACAACUGUCAAAUGUGGUUGUCUUAGAUAAUCCGUCUCCAUUUUUAAAUCCUUUUCAAUUUGAACUUACGUUUGAGUGUAUUGAAGAUUUAAACGAAGAUUUGGAAUGGAAAAUGAUUUAUGUUGGAUCUGCUGAAAGUGAAGAACACGAUCAAAUACUAGAUACUAUUUAUGUUGGCCCUGUUCCUGAAGGAAGACAUAUGUUUGUUUUUGAAGCAAAUCCUCCAGAUGUAUCCAAAAUUCCCGUAGAAGAUGCUGUUGGUGUAACUGUUGUACUAUUGACUUGUUGCUAUCGUAAUCAGGAAUUUGUUAGAGUUGGAUACUUCAUUAACAAUGAAUAUACUGAUCCAGAGCUGCAAGAAAAUCCUCCAGCUACACCUCAAUUUGAUAAGAUGACAAGAAAUAUAUUGGGUACUGAACCUAGGGUAACAAGGUUUAAGAUUAAUUGGGAUGACUCGGAACAACCUACUACUAGUAAUGGAAUACAAACUACCUGUCACGAAAAUGAAGAUUCAAACCUACAAGAAAUGGAUGAAGAAGUGUCAUCUUUGUUAUCUUCCCAUGCAGACAACAGCCUUAGUCAAAGUCCAAUGGAAGUAUUGUAAAUCGACUGAUCCAAUAUCUCAUCUAUUUUAAUAUCAAUAUUUUUUCUAAGUACUACAUUUUAUUAAAAAAAGUAAAAGAAGUGUUAUAAUCAUGUAAUAAAUUUAAAAGCAAUUAAUUUAAAAUUGAAAUAAAAUAAAGACGUUUUUUAUUCAA